AUAUCACGAAGUUAACACGGCGCCCAUCGUUCUUGGGUGAUUUCAUUCAGUUAGACGCUGGAGUCGCUGGAUUUAUUUAUCGUCUUAUAUACCUAGUAUUCAGCAACGAUGGUGCUUGAAAGGUUCCUCAUUAAAAGCUUCCGCGGAAUACCCAAGGAAAAGUGCAAUGAAACACUAUUGCGCAAAGUAGAACGCAAUGAAGAAUUGCGCCAACUACAACAACGCAAAGUGGCCAAGCACAUGGAAAGACGCAGCAAACGCCUAGCUGGCCUAAAGAAACGCGCAUUGUGCUACGCUAAGGAGUACCUUAGACGCGAACGCGAGUUGGUUGAGUUGCGCCGCCAAGCCAAGGCCGAAGGUGGAUUCUACAAGGAAGCUGAUGAAAAGGUUGUGUUCGUAGUGCGUAUCAAAGGUAUCAACAAGUUGACACCAAAACCAAGACUUAUCCUCAAGCUGUUCCGUCUACUACAGUUGCACAACGGUGUGUUCAUCAAGAUGAACAAAGCUACCAUCGAAAUGUUGAAGCUAAUUGCACCAUACGUUACCUUCGGAUACCCAACACUCGCAACCAUCCGCAAGUUGCUAUACAAAAGGGGAUACGCAAAGGUAGGAAGACGUGGAGCAUGGAGCAGGGUACGCAUCAGCGAUGACCAAAUUAUUGACGACAACCUUGGUAAACAUGGAAUCCACGGAAUGGAGGACAUCGUCCACCAAAUCUACACGUGCGGACCCAAAUUCAAGGAAGUCACCAACUUCCUGUGGCCAUUCAAACUCAACCCGCCAAGAAAAGGAUUCGUAGCCAAGAGACACGGCUUCACAGAAGCCAGAGGUGGUGACGCCGGAAACCGUGAACACCUCAUCAACGAGUUACUACUCAGAAUGAUUUAAUCGGACUAUUCUGUGGUCAAUAUCU